UUCUCUCCGGAGGAUAAUAGAGGAAGGAGCGGGCUCGGUUUGUGGAGUCAACAUUGUUGUGAGAGUUUCUCGGAACCGAACAUGAAGAAGUUCGGCUCGUUGCUGAGCUCAGCGCUGGUUCUGCUGACGGCGGAGCUGUGCCUGGUGUGCGGCGACAUCACGGACGGGAACACGGAGCACCUGAAGCGGGAACACUCGUUAAUGAAGCCGUACCAAGGUGUUGGCAGCAACCCUUCCAGUCAGUGGGACUUCUGGGGAAGCACGCUGGUGACGAGCUCGUAUGUCCGACUCACUCCGGAUGAGAGGAGCAAGCAGGGGUCCAUCUGGAAUACCGUGCCGUGUCACCUGAAGGACUGGGAGAUGCACGUGCAGUUCAAAGUUCACGGGUCCGGAAAGAAGAACCUCCACGGCGACGGCAUCGCUAUCUGGUACACGAAGGACAGGCUGCAUCCAGGCCCUGUGUUUGGGAACAAAGAUCAGUAUCUUGGCCUGGCUAUUUUUUUGGAUACCUUCCGCAAUGACCUCCAUGGAAUGGAUCGUUCCUUCCCGUACAUUUCGGCCAUGGUGAACAACGGCUCGGUGAGCUACGACCACGGCAAAGACGGCCGAUCGUCGGAGCUGGGAGGCUGCUCGGCCGAGAUCAGGAACAGAGACCACGACACGUACCUCGCCAUCCGCUACUCCAAAGGGCGACUCACUGUGAUGGUCGACGUGGAUGACAAGAAUGAGUGGAGGGAAUGCAUCGACAUCGGAGGUGUUCGCCUUCCUACCGGGUAUUACUUUGGCGCCUCAGCUGCCACAGGAGAUCUGUCGGAUAACCACGACAUCAUCUCUAUGAAGCUCUACCAGCUCAUGGUAGAACACACCCCCGAAGAGGAGAACCUUGACUGGACCAAGAUCGAGCCCAGCGUCAGCCUCCUCAAGUCCCCUAAAGACAACAUCGACGAUCCCACCGGGAACUUCCGAGGCACGCCCCUCACCGGCUGGAAGGUCUUCCUGCUCCUGCUGUGCGCUCUGCUGGGAAUCGUAGUGUGCGCCGUGGUGGGCGCUGUCGUUUUCCAGAAGAGACAGGAGAGGAACAAGAGGUUUUACUGAGGAGAGAGAAAGAAAGAGAGAGAGAGAGAGAGGGAGAAGAAAAGGUGUUUGCUGUGGAAUGAACUGUUUCCAGAUUGAGCACAUUCAAUGUGAAUUUUUUUCUAAAGAUUGUACAAAUGUUUAUAUUUUCGAAGCACUGCAUUUGGAGUGAAUCGCGGUAACUUGUGAUGUCGGUAAGGAGGCGCAGAACUAGUGGCGGACAUUAUGAGUGACGCUGAUCAAUGCUGUUUUUUGUUCUCCGUGUCCUCUGUGUUCAUGAAUCGCAGGGUUAGAACAGACUUUACAAAUCCUCUUUUUCAGUUUCUUAGAAGGUUUUUUUUUUUUACGCUCGCGGGUGUCUACACUUUUCAGGUUUUCUCUGCUGCAAAUGUGACGCUACAAAAUGGUCACUUAGGUUUUCAUCUUCCAAGCUGUUUUACCUGAUUAUUUAUUGGAAGAAUAAAGCGUCACAAAAAAAACAUCAUGAAGUAACCAUGGCCUCCACAGGUCGAGCGUUAUCCUGUGUUUGAAGCCAUGGAUGGAGUUCAGUCUUAUUUGUUGAUUUCAGCUUCUGUCGCUCUCAUUCUGACAUUUAGACAAUUCAGUUUUGCUUGUUAGCCAUUAAAAAAAAUAAUAACUGAAACAGAGUAACAACAUGUUCCCUGCGUACAUAUUUGAGGGUAAAUUAUGGAAUGUGUAUUCUUGCCUGAAACCACUGUAUGUUUACCACAGAAUCAAGUUCUUAAUUAUCUUUUUGUUUUGUUUUUUGAAUCGGCAAGAAUACGUGCAGUGCAGAACAAAGAUUACUUGUCAGUACUAUGACGUCUCUGUCUGUUUUAUUUGUUUUGCAGGUGUUGCUCUUUUUUUGUUUGUCUGCUUUGUUUACUUUUUCCCGUCCUCGCCACCCUCACUCAGCCUGAAAUGUUGAAACUGUUCAAUCCAAAAUUUUGAGCUGACAUAUGUUGAAAUCGGGGAACAAACUGACAGCAGAAAAUAUGAAUACUUGAGAAGCCGGAAACGAAGUUUUACUUGAUAAAUGAUUCGAUGAGGAGGACGCAGGGUCAUUUUCAAUGUUUCAGCUGCUUGAUUAAUUGACUUUUAGCAGUACAGUCGACUGACAUCGUCGAUGAAAAUUCAACUACUUGCAUAUAGUAGGUGCUUCACACAAAAAGUACCAUCAUAGUGAGUGUGACUGUUGUGGAGGCCGCCAGUUAUUCACUAAACUGAGCAGCUUUCUACAAGUCGUCAUGGCUAACUAGUAUUAAAUGUGGGUUGAGAGUGAAAGUAUUGAAAUGCGUGGGUUUGAUGUGACGUUAGAGGGUCGCACGAGAUGUUUCUGAGGGCUGUGGGUUUUCUUUUUUUUUUCUUUGCAGGGCCUUUUGAGCAGCGUUUGAGAUUUUAUGCAGAAUAUGCCUUUAAACUGUUUGUGUUGGGUUACUUAUGCUACGUUGUAGUAAAAGCUUGGUGAUUCAAGUCAGUUCUUCAGUAUAAUAAAUACCAGAAUCAUAAACUGCUACCUGAGACAAGUGUAAGAAUAAAUGGAGUGCUAAUUAGAUGCUUAAAUACACAUAAGGAGUUUCUGAGUGGAUUGUUUGAAGGCACAUUUCUUUGUUCGUUUUUCUUUCAGCUUCAGUUUCCAGAAUGCUUCUGUCUUUGCGUUGAACAUAAAACAUUAAACAAAAAAUUCUGAAAAGUCAAAUUAAGUACAGCACACUUUUUUUUUGUUUUAAAUCUUGUUUUCCUGUGUUCUUAAAACCGUUCUGUUUGUUUCUGCCACAUCAGUCAGUUAUGUGAUGAGACUUGAUCAGAGAUAACAAAAUAAAAUGGAAAAAGAAA